AUGGAUAGAGUUGAGUAUUUAAUAGUUCUUAUUAUGAAUUUAGUAAUGAAGAGAAGUAGCUAUAUAUACAAAAAGUUAAUUUUAGCCACUGUAUGCUGGAUAAGUACACAGGGGGUGGUGGAAGCAUCAGACCCUAGUAGUUUGUUAUUAGAUCGUGCAGCUAUAUGUGCAGAAGAGGUUAAUUCUCCAUGCAUAUUAGAUACCUACUGUCCUGCAAAAAUUAAAAGUCUAAAUCAAAAUAACAAUGGCACACAUGCCAAUUUUAUGAUUUCUGAUGUAAAUUUUGAUUUCAUAAAAAAAUUAUACAUGCUAAAAGAUAUUAUAAAACAGAGUUACUUAAUUAUAUACAGAAAAACCCCAGGAAAGAACCUAUUGGUAUUUCAACUAGAUGUAGAUAAACAGAAAGAAAUGAAUGAAAUUCUUAAGGAUUUUACCAGCAGGAUUCAACAAAUAAGUAUAGAAAAUAAGUCUUUUAAGAACUCAACUAACAAAUUAAUGUAUUACACUGAGUUUAGACAUUUAAAAACAGAAGAAAAGUAUUUACUAAAUACGCAUGCGUAUGCGGUAGACAAAAGUACAAUAAUUGAUCAGUAUAUAAAAGCACAUCCAAAUAAAUCAGAAAUAGAUGAAACUAUGCAUGUAUGGGAAGACAUCCAGGUUAUAGAGAUAUGCUGUGAAAAAAUGGAAUUUAAAAUGAAAAGUACUGAAAUAGAUCCAAAAUCCAGGAUCUAUACGUACAAUGAGAUAGAUAUGUCAACAUUACAAGUGCAGAUAGAUAAUAUGCCCUCAGUUGCGAGCAGCUCUGGUAUUGUAUUCCGAAAAAAAAAAGUAUCUAAUGGCAACAGCUCUACUGAAAAUUUUGAUGAUAAAAAAUAUAUUGAAGAAGCAAAAAAGACAAGAGAUAAUAUCUAUAGACAGUCAAUGAACUUAUUAUCUAGUCAGAAUGGAUUUGAUAUGCAAAAAAUUGAGAUGGAUGGGCUUGAUCUAAAUAAUCCAAUUAUAAAAAACAUGAAAAAAAAUUUAGACACUGCUUUUAAUUCGAUAUCUGACCAAAUUAAAAAAAAGAGGGGUGAUAACCAAGAGCAAAUUCUUGAUAAUAUCAAAGCAGUUAUAUAUGAAUCAUUGUUUAUGAAUUUUAGUGAUAAAAAUCCCAUAUUAGAAAAUGAUAAUCAAUUAGAAAAUGAUAAAGAAAUAUUAAAUCAAAAUAAUCUGAAAUCGAUCUAUGCUAAAAUUGAUGAAGAUAAUACUGCAUUAGAUCCACAUAUCCAGAAAGAGUGGAGCUUUAUAUACCCCGAAAAUCAGAGUGAAUCGUUGGAGUUGGCCCAAAGUGCAAUGAACCAUAUGGAAAAUAACGACAGAUUCAAAUACUGCUCUGGAAACAAAAUAUCCCAAGUUGAUAUUAUGUUUAAAAAGAUACGAGAAAUUAUUGCUUCGGAUGUUAAAAGCAGCGUUAGAAUAACAAUGGAUGUAACCACCAAGAAAAAAACUAUAAAACUAGAAUACAAAAUCUUUAAUCAAAAUGAAGACAGCAAAAAUAUAAGUAACGAAUAUGAAAUGGUCUUAGAAUGCAGGGCUAUUGAAAAUAUUAAACUUGAUGAUUCCAGCAAAAAUUUGUCAACAAUAAACCAUUUAAAACAAACAAAAAAGCAUGAAAAAUCAUUCUUGCUUAUAACCUUUACAGAUACAAAAGAAAAAGAUAGCAAAUUCCACGUUAAUUUCAAUAAACCUGAAAGCAAUAGUAUAAAAAUAGAAAAUAUAAGCGAUAAUUUCACCUGCAUUGACAAUCUAGGUGAAAUAAUAAAUAAAAUAGAGAAAUCAUUUGUUUCAGAGGCUUUCGUCUGCCAAGCCCACCUGGGAUUAGAGAGACGCUCUAAUGGAUCCUCUCCUGAGCCGCUCACACCUAGAAUGAGCGUGUCAGAUAAUGAAGAAACCGUGUCUGAAGAGGAAUUAGAUGGCUGGGAUGAUAAUGCAUGUACAUCUUCAUAA